AUGAACCAUAACUUUCGAGUUCAGAUGAAAACCCUCGGUUUUCACGACAACAUUGUCAGCAUGCUGGGCUGCAUCACGGCGGCCAACAAAUCCUGCUUGGUGAUCGAGUACUGUGCCAGCCGAGACUUGCUCCGAUAUCUGAAGCAACGAAAGACGGAGUUGGAAAUUUGCUACUUAGGGCAGAAGAACAUCAUUCAUCGAGACCUAGCAGCUAGGAAUAUUCUUAUCGGUGGCAUAGAUGGAAUGAAGAACGCUAAGAUCGGCGAUUUUGGACUUUCAUUGACUUUGGACGGAGGAUCGCAGCUGCCAGCCAGCGGUCGCUUGCCCAUUAAAUGGCUUGCGAUUGAAUGUCUACAGCGAGAGCUGUUCUCAGUGAAGAGUGAUGUAUGGUCCUAUGGUAUUGUUCUUUUCGAGAUGUACUCCAUGGGAGAGCGUCCGUUCGAGGAUAUCGAGCCUUUGAACCUCAUUCCUCACUUGGAGGCAGGCAAUCGACCAAAAAGGCCAUUGCUGGCAAGUGACAAAGUGUACGUUUGUUAA